AUGUCUUCCACGUCGGUUCCCACCGACGGCGGCGGACUCCUCGCAUGUGCGCUGUACGAGUACGCGGGCGACGAAGGCGACACCCUUGCUGUCUCCCAAGGCGACAUGCUCGACGUGCUCGACAACGAGACCGAUCCGGAGUGGGCUUUUUGCCGCUCUACCGCCUCUGGCGCCACGGGCUAUGUUCCGUCAUCAUACAUCGAGAUGGUCAACAGCAACGUGGACGACGAUGACGACUUUGACCUUGAUGCCCUCACCGCUGCCGCCUCGGCCAUCGCCGAUGCCGACGCGGAGGCUGUUCCUGAUGCCGACCCUGAGCCGGCGCCGACCCCCGCCUCCGUCUCUGGUUCCGCUGACGCUGCUGCCUCCGCCUCUCCGUCCAAGCCGCUGCCCAAGCCCGCGGUCAAGCCCAAACCGCUGCCCAAGCCCGUGGUCAAGCCGAAGCCGCUCCCAAGCCCCGCCUCUGCCACCGGCGCGUCCCGCUCGCUCCCGACCAUGCCGGGAGCAGCGGCCAGUGCCGGAACUGUGGCGGCCAUCGGCGGCGGAUCGUCCCCGCUGUGGCGGACCCAGACGCUCAUCGACCUUUUUGCCGACCCGUCGCUUCCGCCGACUUCCACGACGCCGGCGACCACUCUGGCGACGCCGCUCACGGCGCUCUCUGCCACGCUCAACAUCUACGCCGAUGCCAUCAGCUCGAGCUACCCUCCGCUGGCUGCCGCCCUCACAGCCGGCGCACAGAUCGCCACUCGCAUGGCCGAGUCGACGGACCUCCUUUGGCUGCUCGAGUCGGUGACCUCGCGGGUGGCAGCGCUCUCGGUUGACGACCUCCUCCUCAUUCCGGGCGGCUGGCGCGAUCCAGCCUCUUCCGUUGCUCAUCUUAUUGUCUUUGUCGUCCGCAAGACCUCGGCUGACGCCGUGUCGUUUACGGUCUGCAACGCCGGCCCGCCUGGCGCAGACUACCACCCUGCUGACAUUGUGGCACCGCGUGCUGUCGCCUCGCGGCACAUGGCCAUCACCGCCCUCAACGUUCCGACCCAGCGGCUGACCAACUCGGCCUUUUGGUUCCUAGCUUACCGCUCGCUUUUCCCGUUGGCGGCGCCGACGGCCGAGGCCGAUGCCCAAGCGACACCUCCCCUCCACCCUGCCGCCGUCCUCUACGAGCGCCUCAUCCCGGCGCUGAACAACAGGCCGUUUGCCGCGGUGGCCUCGUACGCCACUCAGCCGGCUACUCUCCUCCCUGCCCCGCGCGGCGCGGACGCGUCGUCGGCCCUCCUAGCCAAGGUUGCGCUCCUGGCCAUGGCGCCGCCCGACUCUGCGCCUGCCGUCGCCGUCGCGCUUGUCACUGCGCUGGCGGAGCAAGUCGCGCGCGAUGCCACCGCUACACCGCCGUCGUCUUCCGAGCUUGUCAUGAUCCGAGCUGUUCGUGCCGGCCUUGCACGCGCCGCGCUCGAUGCACCGUCGGAUGCCGCCGUCGCCGCUGUCGAGGCCCUCUCUGCGGCCAUUGAAGCGGCGUCGUCUCCGUCGCUCCCUACUCCGCUUCCGGCGCUUCCUGCGCCGCUUCCAGGCGUGGCCAAGACCUUCCCACUCCUCGACCGGCUGUUCGAGGCUGUCGACACGACUGCACUCGCUGGUGACGCCGCUGCGCCGCAAAUUCUCCGCCCAGUCGAACUCACCUCCGUCGCGUCGACUGUCAGCACGCCUGCCGAUGUUGCUGUCCUCCUUCGCAACGCUCUUGACGUCUGCACCCUCCUCGACAACCAAGCGGCCAUCAUCCGCAACACAUAUGCGCUUCGGGCCUCGCUCCUUGUCUCGGUCUUCACCUCGGUCAUCCCGCUUCCGCUCCCGCCGUCGUCAUCAGCCGCAGACCGGUGCUUCUGGCGAGCGCUUCCGAUCACCCGCGCGACCCAGAACGAGCUCCUUCGCCUUCUGGCGCUUCUCGCCCGCCACUUUGCUGCUGUCUCGCUCUCGCUCAAGCUUACCCGCUCGUUCGACGCAGCCCGCAUCAUCACCCUUGGCUGCAUCGCCGCCCUCGCCGACGCCAUCCUUCGCGUUCCGGCCGCCGACGUUGUCUCCCAGCUCUCACUCCACUACAACGGCACUGCGCCCGGUCCACUCGCACCAUUUGGCUUUACCAUGGGCCACUUUGCCGAAGAGUCCGAGACCAUGCGUCUCGUUGACCCGGCUCACGUCACCGCUCGCACCCAGCUCCUCGACUACUUUGACGACAUCGAGGCCCUUGUUGACCCGCUCGGCUCGGGUUCUCAUGUCAUCUUUGCCUACGAGCGGUCACGCGCCUUCUCGCCCGCCGAUGCGCUUUUCAUCGGCAACCUUGCGCUCCAGCUUGGCUUUGACGACGCGCCUGACAAGCGCCCGGCCUACCUCUCUGGCGAGGAUCCGCUUAUGGUCGACGUGUAUCCCGAGCUGAGCCACCUCCGCGACAUUGUCUUCACCUUUAAGCUGCUCAUGGCGCCUACCUCAUCCGCGCUCCCGCCGCUCAAGGCGUGGCGGCCGAACGACGCGGCGCUCUCAUUCUCGUACCAAAGUUCGGACGAAGUCUUUGUCGUCACCGGCUUUGAUGAAAAGCUCGACCCGGUUGUCACCGGCCCUACCUCGGGCGCCAAGCUCGUGGCCAAGCUCGGCGGCUUCUUUGGUGCUAAAGCCCGUGCCAAGGCCGAGCGCCUCGCGGGCAUUGCUUCCCGCGCUCCGCCCACCGGCUCGGACCCGUCUGUCCUUGCUGGCUCGCCCAUCACCUCCGAAGAAGACGUGCUGCACAUCCAGAACCUGCCCGACUUUGACAAGACGCUUGCGCCUGCCGAUGCCGAGCUCCUUCUCUCCUUCCUCACUGUCCCCUACAUUCGCAUCCCGCUUGUUAUCCGGUUCUUUGCCGACGACGCCCGCAUCCAGGCCCUGGCUUCCCCGCUGCUGCAGGACGUGCUGGACGCCACCCUCUUUGAGCCUGGCCUCUGGCUUGACACCAGCGACCGCGUUGCACCGGCAGUCAUUCCGUCGCCGACCAAGGACCAUCUGGCCACGCCGGCCGGCCUCCUCUUCAACGAGCUCCUCCACGCGCCGCACGUUCUCCUCCCGGCGCUCGAGUCGCUGCUGGAGCUUGCGCUCCAGCUCGACACCGGGCGCUACGUCGAGUCGUCGUCGUCGGUUAUCCUCUUUGUCAUCCGCCUCCUUGUCCGCGUCCAGUCGUACAUCCAGACGCUCCUCACCAACGCAGCCUGGCGCGAGUCUUCCGCCGACGCGCCCGCUGGCGUCGGCGGCGCUUCACACGUUCGCGGGCUCGAUCUCUCGCCCUCGGCUCGCACCGUUCUCGCCGACGCCGAGUCGCGCCUUGCCUUUGUCCUCACCCACAACGUUGUUGACAUCCUCGAGUCGUGGCGCAUCGAUGCCAUGUCGGGCAAGAGCCGCAACAUUUCGCGCGCUUGCAUCAUCAUGGCCCACAUCGGCUACAUUUUCAAGAACAUGCCCGACUGGCGCGAGCUCUCGUCGCGUGCUGUCUUUUGUCUCCUUGCCUCGCAGCUCUUCCUCAACGCUAACUACCGGUUCUCGCUCGAGGUCACCGCCACAGCUCCGUUUGUCGCUGUUGACCGUGACGACGAGAACGUGGCAUCGCUUGAGGCUGCAGUCGAGGCCGAUCUCGGCUUCCCGCAGAUUGAGAUGUUCCAGCUCUUCCAGAGCGCGCGCUCCAAGAUUCACGACUGGCUUCUGGCCCACCCGCUCGCCACCAACGCCAUCAUGGAGCAUCUCAUCAAGGUCAUGACUUUUGCCGGCUCGGUCACCGACCUUGUUGUUCCAGACUCGCCGGAUCACCCCGCCGCGCUCAACGCCCGCAACUGGCUUCCGCUUGACCGCGCCUGGUGUGCCGGCCGCUACGUGCCCGAACCCGAGCUCAUCCUCAUGUCCUCGACCGAGCCGACCGAUGGCGAGUUGUUCCGGGAUUGGCUCACCCGGGUCACCACCGCAGACAUUGCCACCGAGGUCAACGUCCAGCUCGGUGAGUUUACGCUCAAGAAGCGCCGCAUGAAGGUGCUUGACGACGAUGUCGGCGCCCAUCCCGACUUUGUUGCUGUCUUUGGCCGCUCUGCCCUCGGCGCUGCCCGCAUGCAAGUUGUCGAUGUCGAGCGCCGUGAUCACUGCGCAUGGAUGCGCUUGGUCGGCAUCCGCCACGACGUCUUUGUUUGGGAUGUCGACACCCGCGACGCCUACCCGCACCUCGGCCUCCGCCCGCUCUCCAAGCUCUCCGCUGCGGAGCACUGGCUCCGCGCCCUCGUCGAGCCGUUUGUGGCCAAGAACCUACCGGGCCUCAUCCCAUUUGUUGUGGAGACCUCGGAGACGCCGCUAGCCUCUGCCAACGAUGCCGUUGUCUCGGGCAUGCACGGCGAUACGCUCAAGGAGCUGUACGUCACCCGCUCACCACCAGCUAUCCAUGUCUUCAACGUGGCCGAGCACGGCCGCCGUCUCUUCCGCUCGCUUGUUGCAACGUCAUCGGCCCCGCUCUGCCUCGCCACUCUUGAGCCGAUCUCCUCGUACUCGGUCGGUACCCCCCAAGCACCCGAGAUCCGGACCCGCUCGCUUGUCAUCAAGCGCGGCCUUGGCGGCGACAUGGCGUGGGAGCAGUUUAUUCCUGCUCGCUACCUCCGCGGUGUCCUCCCGCACGCCCUCCUUGAGGGUCGUCUCUACUGGCAGGACGAUGCCACCCGCAUCAUCCGCGGCUAUCCGGACCCGCACUUUACCCCAGACGCGGCGACGUCGCCGUACCUUUCUGCACCAGACUUUGCCUCGACUCUCAUCGUCGUCUCACCCGCAGGCGGUGGCGAGCCAUCCCAGCUCGCCACCAUUGCGCGCGUGCCUGCUGUCACGCGCGGCGCCCGCCUUGUUGCUGCGCCAGACGCUCAGCCGGCGACGCUCUACAACCUGGCCACGACUCCUGCAUCAUCGCCGGCCCGCAAGCUCGCCGAGCUCUUUAUGCGCGCCGAGGACCUGGCUCACAUUCUUCCGUGGUCUAAGCCGGGAGCUCCCGACGAGCUCGGCUGUGUUGAGCUCCCGCGGCUCGGCCUUUCGUUUGUGGUCGACUCCGCCGGUCGCCUCGCCUCGGCGGAGCAUGCCGGCUACCAUCUUGCUGGGCCUGACGAGCUUGCCACUGCCGAAGCUUGGCUUGAUCCGCUCCUCCACGGCCUUCCGGCCUCACUUGUCCUCGUUAAUGACUACGCGCAGUACGCCAUUCUUGUCCCGGCCCUCACCCAGCCGCUCAAGAAGCCCGGAGCAAGUCUCUUCCGCACCGCGCUCAUCCUCAACCGCUCGAAUGCUCGGUGGCACGCGGCGGUCGGCGACGUUAAGCACUACCUCUACACUGUUCAUGACUCGCAUGCAUUCGUCAUUCCACCCACGCUCUCGGCCUCGCUCUACCUCUUGCUCUGGCGGUUCAUUGCUCGGCGCUAUGCCGACGUUGUUGCCAUGGCAGAGUCCAUUGUCACCGACACUGAGCUCUCGGCAGAGGAGGCACAGAUCUUUGCCUCGCUCGCUGUUGUUGCCGACGACGUCUCGCCUGCUGCCCACGCCGCUCGGGUCAAGAUUGGCCUGGCCACUCUUGCGGCGCGUCCCACCAUGCCGCUUCCAUUCGAUUUUGCCUCUGAGCUCGAGGCCUACCUUUGCUGGCGCGACUACGUUCCCGCCGCCGCUCGGCUCUCGAUGGCCGAAGAGCUUGAGUGUCUCGAAGCUGUCGGCUCGGCGCUUGACCACCACUACUUUGUCUUCAACACUCGCGUUCUCAACGAGGCCUUUACCGCCUUUGCGCCACAUGGUCUCCCGACAGUCCGCCGUGCCUCGCUCUGCUUCGAGACCCUUCCAGUCGACGACUCGGCUGCCCAGAGCUCUUCAAAGUUCAAGCUUCUUAACCGCUCGCUGCCGUUCUACGAGCGACCGGCCGACGAGUACAAGUCAGGCACACCGGCGAUGGAGCUUGUCGCUUCGGCCCUCGACGUUGGCGACGUUCGCCUCACCGGUCCGCUUGGCUUCCUCUUCCUCUACGAGCUCCUCACCUCGUCGCUCGGCAUUCGUCUUCUCCUCCGCGACGACGCCGGCUACACACUCGGCUACUUUCUCCUUCGCCUCCUGCCCGAUGACGUUUUUGCCGAGCCUUCUAACCUCCGCUCGAUCCUGCAGCUUCUCUCGUGGCACCCGCAGCUUGCCACUGCCGAUCGCGACCUAUUCCCGCACUAUCCGGUCGUGCUCGCCGCCAAGCAGUCGAGAUUCUUCAAGAAGGGUGGCGCAGGCAUUCGCCUGCUCAAGGCUGUUCACUCGGCGGUCUCGUCCCGUUGGUCGGAGCUCGACGUCUCGGCCGCCGUCGCCGAAGCUGUCGCCGAUGCUCCGCGCCAGGCGCCAAUGGCCUUUGAAGUUGGCCCUGUCACCCAAGACUACCUCUCGAGCAACGGCCUUCUUGCGCCGCGGGUGGUGAACACAGGGUGCGCGCUCCGCCGGCUCCGCCCGCUUGACGCGCAUGCCGAUCGCUUCCCCGCCCUGGUGACACUCUCGCCGGACGACGUCGCUGCCUUUGCUGGCAACCCGCUCGCGCCGCUUGGCCUCGACUUGUACGUCGAGACCAAGUCUGCAGACAAGCAGCUCUCUGCUGAACUUCCAUUUGAUGUCUCGCGCCACCCGGCGUCGAAGGCGCCCAUUGCGGUUGCCAUGCUCGAGCGCCUCACGGCUGACGUUGCCGCGCAUGCUGCGGCAACGAACGCUGCGCUGCCGCCGUCGAUCCGUGUCUGUGACACCACGUCGGUCUCGGAGCUGGCCUCAAAGCUGGAAGCGCUGCUUGCUGCUGACCGGGCGCGCGCUGCCGCCACCAUUUCUGCGGUUAUGGAGCUCGUCAAUGGCGGGACUGCCCAGACGCUUGCUGCGCGGUUGAGUCUUGCCGCCGGCAUCGUCCCGCGCCUCUCGUUUGAGAUGCUUGUCGCGUGGCUGCUCUCGCCGCAAGGCAUGUCCUCGCUCAGCGUCUACCACCCAUGGUUUGACGACCUCUCGCUUGCAUCGGCGCUCGAGCUCGUUCUUGUCUCGGCCCUCCUUGUGGUCAACCGCAUUGCAGCAGCGACGCGGGCGCUCUCUCUGGCGCGCGACCUUCUCGGCCUCCUCGCACCGGGCUCCAGCGCGUCGCCGUCGGCUGUCUCUCUCAAAGCCAACGAGCUGGCGGCGGCGCUCUCGGCCUCACGCCACUACAUGAAGGUGGGCGACCGCGGCGUGACGUAUGAUCCGCGCUUUCUCAUUUUUGAGUUCUCGUCGAGCCUUCUCCUCCGCGCGGCGCAGGUUACGCUUGUCGGCAAGUUUAUGGGCUCGGUCGAGUCGGGUAGCUCGCUUUGCCACCAGAUGAUCAUGGGCGCUGGCAAGACGACGGUUGUCGCGCCGCUUCUUGCGCUCAUGCUCACGGCCUCGCCCAAGCUAGUCGUUCAGGUUGUUCCGGCGGCGCUCCUGCCGUUCUCGCGGUCGGUGAUGCGCGAAAAGUUCUCGUCUCUCAUUCGCAAACCUGUGUACACCUUUGAGUUCUCGCGGUCGUCCGAGGUCGACGCGUCGCUGCUUGCCAAGCUCCGCAAGGCGCGGGCGUCUGGCGCGGUAGUCAUUGCCUCGCCCACCGCCAUCAAGUCGUUUGCCAUCAAGUUUGUGGAGAUUGUACACAUUCUCGAGUCGGAACAGACGCGGUCGUCCGAGGACGCCGCCAUUCCGCGUGGGCUCAUUGCUCGGCUCAAGCGCAAGAUUACCGAGUCAUCGGCGAGCAACACACCGCUCCUUGACGCGCUCCGUGCGCAGGCAACGCUAUGUGUCUCCAUUUUGGAGAUGUUUGAGGACGGCUCGCUGAUGCUGGACGAAGUCGAUCUCUUGCUCCAUCCGCUCAAGUCUGAGCUCAACUGGCCGAUGGGGCCAAAGGAUCCGCUUGACUUUACCGCGCAUGGUCUCCGCUGGGCUGUGCCGUGGCACCUCCUCGACGCAGUCUCGCCGCGGGCCAUGACUGUCGAUGCGCAGGACUCGACGUUUGCGCUCUCGACGCUCGAGCAGAUUGACGCGGUCCUUGACGCUGGCUCGCGACUGCAGGCGCUGCAGAUGACGCCGCAUCUUGUGCUCCUCGACAAGGGCUACUACCACGACGCCAUCAAGCCGCUUCUUGCGCAGUGGAUGCUGGUGUUCUUUGCGGACAAGAAGAUGCCCAAGGCUGUGGCCCGCUCCUCAAUCCACGAGUACCUGUUGCAUGGGCCUGUGGCCGCGCCGGACGCCGCCGCCGCCAUCGCCGCCCACAUGAAUGACGGGCAAAUUCGCCUCCUCAAUCUCUCGUACUCUUGGCUCAACUGUUUCAUGCCGCAUGUUCUCUCCAAGAUCAACCGGGUCAAGUACGGGCUGCUCUCACCGCUGGCGCUCUCGAUGGCGCUGGCGCGCGAUCCGGCCAUGCCUGAGGCGCGCAAGCUCCUUGCGGUGCCGUACAUCGGCAAGGAUGUGCCGUCGCCGGCUUCGGAGUUUUCGCACCCGGACGUGGUGCUGGGCCUCACCAUUCUCGCCUAUCGUUAUGAGGGCAUCCGGCCGUCUGACUUUGCCGCCGUCAUGUCCCAGCUCAAAAAGGACAUGGCUGCCGAGUCUGGCCCGUACGAGAAGCGAGUUGCGUGUGCCACGUAUCAGACCUGGGUUGAGCGUGCUGGCGGCGCUGUCCGCGGCUCUGCCAAGUGGCGCGCCCUCAACCGGAAGGUCAUUGCCGAGUCGGCCAAGGCCUCGUCCCGAGCGCACGACGCGUUUGGCACAAGCCAAGACAAAGGCAAGGCUGAGACGGAUGCCACCGACGCCACGGCUGCUGCAGCUGUUGCUGACGCUGCGUCGUCGUCCGACGACGAGCUCGACAGUGACUCCCUUCUUGCUGCUGUCCAGGCGGCGCAGAUCAACAUGGCUGCGCUGGAGCCAUCGCCGGCCACAUCGUCACCGCCGGCCGCAACAGGCGAUGCUGCCGGCGAGCUCGAGCUCGACGCUAUUGAGGGCCUCGACCUUGCUGCGACGCUCAAGGCGGCGUCGAUGGAGGUGAGGAUGGGCGGGGUGCGCGAGGCCGGCGAGGUCGGUGCGCUUGUGGCGGUCUCGCCGCUCGUGGCCGCGGCCAAGGCGCUCGAUGCUGCCGGAGACGGGCCCAAGUACCUCUCGCCGUACGACGACGUGUGGGCGUUGCAGAUUCUCAACACUCGCGACGCGGAGCAGAUGCAUGUGCUGUACAAGUUGCUCUCAUCGUCGCCGCACCUCAUCCAGUGGUACCUGUUCGAGAUGGUGUUCCCCAAGACGAUGGAGUUCCAGACGCUCAAGCUCACAGCCUCGGGCCAGGAGCUUGGUGGUGAUCUGCUGUUUGCGACGCGGCUCGGAUUCUCGGGCACGCCGUCGGACUUGCUGCCUGUCGAGUUUGGCAAGUGCGCGUUUGAGACCGGCGACGACGGCAAGAUGAUUUCGACGCUCACGUCACCGUCGAUUGUGUCUGCGCAUGCUGUGGCCAAAGGCUGGUGCGCGACGAGCCUUUUGGACGAGAUUGCCCAGUCGGAGGCCGGCUUCUCGGCGCUCAUUGACACUGGGGCGCUCAUCACGGGGCUGACGAACGAGGAAGUGGCGCGGUACCUGCUUGACGCUGGACUUCCCGACAUGGAUGGAGUGGUGUUCCUUGACGAGCUCGACCGCAAGAUGAUUCUUGUUCGCUCGGGUUACAAGGUCAUGAAGCUGGAGCAGUGCGGAAUUGCCAAGUCGAAGCGGUUCUCGUUCUACGACCAGAUCCACACGACCGGGAUGGACAUCAAGCAGAGCUACACGGCGUCUGCGGUGCUCACGCUCGGUAAGGACAUGACGUUCCGUGACUACGCGCAAGGCGCAUACCGGAUGCGUGGCAUUGGCAAGGGCCAGACGCUCGUCCUCUACGUCAUUCCCGAGGUGCUGCGGCUGAUCGAGAUCGAGGUGGCGAUCGGUGACCCGAGCCGGGCCGAGGUCGACAUGGCCUCGCCAGGCUUCCUCAACGACGUCACGGCGUGGCUGACCAUCAACUCGAUGAAGGCGGAGAAGCUGCAGGCCUCGCUCCUUCGCGAGCAGAACCUGGCUAACGUCUGGCGAAAGCACGCGUACCGUCAGCUGGAGGUUAUUCUUGCGCCAGAGCACACGCCACACCUGUCGCUUGCUUCGGAUGGCGGCGGCCCGUCGCUCCGCGACUGCGUCGACGUCUUCCGCGAGCGUAUUGACAUGGCGGUGGACAAUACGGUGCCAAGUGCGAGCUCGGACGGGCUAGCGCGGUUGGAGGCUCUCGCGGCGUCGCGGGCCGUCUUUGUGGUCACGCCGGAGGAGAAGGCUGUGGUCGAGGCCGUCCUCCACCCGCACGUUGCCGUGGCCGGCUCCGAGUCUGAGGCCGAGUCCGAGGUUGACGAGGACGAUGCGGCGGCACGAGCAUUUACCUCUGAGAUGGUCCAAGAGCAAGAACAGGAGCAAGAGCAAGAACAGGAGCAGGAGCAGGAGCAGGAGAUGGAGAUCGAGCAGGAGCAGGAGGCGAUUGCGGUGAUGGAGCCUGUCAAGCGCAACUACUAUCGCAAGGCGCCCAAGGCCAAGUCGUGGCGGCUGGAUCGGCUGUGCAAGGCGCCGGGCGGUCCGUUCUACCCGCUCUCUCAGCUGCGGGUCAAGACGCCCGAGGGCCAGUCGCCAGAGCUCAACUUUCCAUCUGCGAUGCAUGUGUCGACGAACCACUACGCACCCAAGUGGGGCGUGUCGUCCAAGUACCGGCGGCUCAAGAACGUGACGGUGCUUGUUGAGUACAUACCAGAUGUUGCGGCGCUGGUGCCUGCGGCGAGCCUGGAGCCUGUGCCGGACUCGCACCCGCUGACCGAGGAGCAGUUGGCCAAGCUGCGGUCGGCGUUUGGCAUGUUCGACAUCAACUCAGACGAGUGCCUCAACGAGGUCGAAAUGAGGUAUGUGCUCAAGUCACUGGACAUGGAUGUAUUCCCCAAGCCACACGCACCGGGCUCGAUCUUUGGCGGAGCCGGCGAAGGCAACGCUGACGCCGGGUACGACUCUGACGACUCUGACGCCGAGUACGAGGCGCAGCGCGAGAGCCUGGCGGCGUCGCUGUCGGCAGCGUUCCGGGCGAUGGACCGCAACAACAACGGAGUUGUAGACAUCGACGAGAUGAUCGAGGCAAUGGCGUCGCACUCGUUCUAUGGGGCGCAGGACGGGCGGUACUACGUGGCAGUCACGCUCGAAGAGGCGCAGGACAUCCGUGGGUGGCUCCACCUCCGGCAGGCUGCGGGCUCGCUGUUUGAUGGGAUGGUGUUUGAUGGCGUGGAGGACUCUGGGGCGCGCGGGUCGAGCUCGUCGGCAAGCGACACCGAGUGGUCUUCGCUCGACGAGGACGACGUUGCAACCGGCGGCGAGCGGACCGCCGUGGCGCUCCGGUUUGGCGAUGUGGUGCUGGACGCGUCAGAGCUGUACUCCCCCGGCCCACAGUACGCGACGCAGGGCGUGGUGGAUGCCUACCGGUGGUUCAAUUCUGAGAUGCACUUUAAGUCGAAGCGGGCGAACGUGCUCCUUCGGCUGCUGCAGCACAACAGCGUCGAGGUACGGACCGAGUACUUUGCGGCGGUGCGGAGCCUUCGGCGGCGGUGGCAGGGCACGCUCGCAGGCAAGGCUGUGGAGCGCGUCCUUGUCACAGCAGACGAGUACGACAUGCUUCGGCACCGGGCGGCGGUGGAGCGGUUCCGUGCGCUCCUCCGAUCGCGCGGCCUGUACCUGCAGGACGCGUUUCAGCUGUUUGAUCACGACGGCGACGCGUUCCUCAACCCGGAGGAGCUGUACGGCGGCAUCGAGUGGCUCGGGAUCAACAUGAGCCCGGAGCAGGUCCGCGAGCUAGUGUCCGAGAUCGACCAGAACGCCGACGGCGAGAUCACGUGGAAGGAGUUCCGGGCAGCAUUCCACGACUCGGACGAAUCGGACUGGGCGGUAACGGUCUUGGCCGACGACCUCACCGACGCGGUGGUGGUGCCGAAGAGCCUGAUGGAGAGCGGAGCGGACGGCGAGGCACAGGCCGUCGAGGCCACCAUGGUCGAUCGUUCCGUCCUCCUCAAGACCAAGGUUAAGACGCUCGAAGUGGACGACUUUGUCAAAGUGUGGACGUCGCAGGGGACGGGCUCGCGAUCGUUGGUCUCGCUUUGGCUCCCGGACGUGCAGCAUUCGGGGCUGGGUAAGGUCUUCCACGCGCGGCGGGUUGGGGUCUGCCUCGGCAUGUACGGCUCCGACUCGUACAAGGCGCCGAGCAAGGACUCGCUCGGCAAGCGGCUGACGGUUCAUCUCAAGGACAAGGCUGCAUCGCGGCUGACCGGCUCCAAGAACCUCGACCGGGUCCUCGCCGAGUUCUUCCCGCACCCGAUCCGGUUCCAUGAGGUGUGGCGGCAGCUCCGCGGAGCCGAGCCAGUGUAUGUGUGGGAGGCCAUGCCGCCGAGCGAUGGCUACGUCGCGCUGGGAAUGGUGGCGACCAAGACGCCCGAGCCACCGGCGCUCGACUCGAUGCGGUGCAUCCUACGAAGCCUGGUGGUGCCGGCGGCGUCACCGCCGAGCCAGCUGUGGUCCGAUGAGGGAACCGGCGGCGGCGCCGGCUCGUUCUGGAUCGUCAACAAGCUCGGCCACGUCCAUGUGGUGGCCGGCCUCGAGCCACCGACCGGCGAGUUCUGGGAAAUCCGCGAUGACUCGGGCUUCCUCCUCACCCAGGCCGACAUUCAGACGGCCGAGGACGAGCUUAUGGCCGACGCGUGGUAA